AUGGAGGCAUCGGUGAAAGCCCAGUGGCCAAUGCUAGGGGUGCUGGUUCGUCGUACGGAGCAGCAAGAUGAAAUUAUACAGAACAUUCCCAAAGUCCUUAUGGACAGCAGAGUUCUUGACUCAUUCUACAUAGCCAAAAAGCUUAACCUUUUUUUGGAUGUCUGUGAAGAGUGUAAACCCCCCAUUCCAAAGAAGAUAUUCCAGGCUCUUUGUGACUUUGUAUUCAAGCAGGUUCUGCCACUCGAUACUCCACUACAAAAGAAACCCCAGAUGUUUUCACGACAGGACUGGAAACCCAAUAUCCAAAUGACUACUUUGGAAAGGCAGGAUUCUGAAGGGGAAUCAGCUAUGUGUGAUCUGUCCUUUUAUGAACAUCAGGAGAUCUGCAAAGAUCAUCGCUCUAUACUUAUGGAUGCUUUUGGUCAUCUUGUCUCCUGCUGUCCUGUUGAUGCACAAGACUUCUUGCAGACUCAGAUGAAAGAUGCUGCAGAAGAUAUUCGUGUUGGAUUCUUAAAUAAUUUAAAAAUGAUUGUGAGCCAUGAUGAGAUAUAUGAAGCAAGAAACAGAAAGCGUCCAGUUGUAGAAGCCGUGAAAUGCCUUCUGGAUGACCAUAGUGAAAUGGUGAGGAAAGCUACUCUGUGCUUUAUUAAAGAACUUCUUCGCUCUCAAAGUGUUGAGGGCUGUGCUGUGUGGGAUAUGGUUGACUACAUCUUCAAGCAGUUUACCAUGUCAGUCAGCCUGUCAGGGAAAGAUCCCGUUGCUAUUCAAAAGGAAAAGUUGAAAGAGGAGCAUAUUCAAGAUAUGUGCAUUGAUGUCUUGGAACAUGUGAACGCUUCUGCAGAAGGCAUGAGUAAAGCUCUGUGGCCCAAACUCUUAGUCUUUGUGGUGCCAGCUCCUUAUACUCGCACUCUGAUCCCGCUCUGCAGAUGUUUGAAAGAGCUGGCCAUCCUUCGGCCAGACGAAUCGACUCUUUUCCUGGGCUCAUGUAAAGGAGUAAAUCUUCCAAGUGCCCAAGAAUUAGUAGCAAGGCUUCUGGUUUUGGCCUCAAAUCCUAAUCAAAGAGGAGGUUGGGCGCUUCAACUUUUACACAUCCUUCAUACCAACAUCCAUCCAGCAGUCAGGAAACUGUGGGCAAAACAAAUCCCUUUUCUUUGGGAAUCCUUCCAAGGAAGGACAGAGACCAGCAAAGAGCAAUGGGAGCAGAAGCUGCUGCAGUUUCUGAGAAGAUCUCUGGAAACCAUUGGUGAUAGCACAUGGACUCAGAAUUUGAGUAGAGAAUUGGAAAGUCAGAUGAGCAGUUAUGCUGAUGAGUCAACUGAAAAGAGUUUCCUCUGCAAAUCUUUGGGAAUUUCUCUGACAAGUUCUGAGGAUUUAACUUUUGUUCAGAGUACGAUACAGAACUUGAUGGAAAAUGCUGAUUAUAUGAAAACAUCUGAGAGAGAUAAAGUCAUCCAGAUUCUGUCCUUUUCUGCCAUGGGUCAUUUGGAUCUAACAUUGGCCAUAUUGCAUGAAUUUGGAGCUGGGGUACACUUGACAAUCAAGAUGUCUAUGAUUAUUAAUCGCUAUAAGGACUACUACCGAGGAAGGCGAAGCUACACCCAUCAAACUUUGAUGCUCACCUAUGGCAAAGUGGCGCUGCGAGCACCAAAAGAGCUCCUGCUCUCAAGGGUGGAGGAGAGCAUAAUGAAAAAAGUUCUGUACCAUUACAGGAGUAGCUGCCAGGUGCUGGGCCUCAGUAUUGAAAACAAGGACAUGAAUCUCAAACUAGCCCUUGUUCAGAGCACAACAGAUAUCUGCCAAGCUAUCCAUGAGACUCGGAGCUUUCAGAAUUUCACCUUAAGUUGCAAGAAAGAACUUCUUGGUAUUUUAUUGGAUUUCAUUAGAGAAGAACCACUGGAUUCUUUGGCAACACCCCUUCGUCCCAAAGCCAUCAUUGCCAUGGCAUUCUUGAGCAAAUUGAAGCCAUCCUUGAAUAUGGAGGACAUUCGCAAUCUUCUUGAUCAAAGCAUCAAAAGUUUGUUUCCCCUCCAUCCUCUGGAGCAGCUGAAAGAAAAAGGAGAGACAGAAAGGGAUGCUUUAUAUAUUGAGUCGCUCUACACUGAUUCAAUGGAUGCUUUUGGGAAACUUGUGAGGAGCAUGGUGGAGGAACACCCAACAUCU